AUGUUUCUAAUUUUUGUACCUCUAAUAGUACUGUGUUCCACUGCAACUACUGGCUUUAGUUUUCAUAGAGAAAAUAAUGCUUGUCCGCGCCUGAUUGACUACCCUGUGAAAGCUUUCAGCUCCCGCUGUUACGUAAAUCCAAACCCUGACAUGAUUAAACAGAACGGUUACAAAUGCGGGACAUACAAAGUGGUUUCAGAAGAUGGUUACACAUCCUUGAUUUUUCGGGUACUACCACGGGAAGAUGAUGGUGGAGGAAAAGGACAACCCAUCAUCUUGGAACAUGGGAUAGAGAUUAACUCAGCAGCUUGGACUUGGAUGGGAAAUAGAUCUUUAGGUUCGCCAUUCGUUUUGGCCAAAGCUGGUUAUGACGUGUGGUUGGUGAACCAAAGAGAUAGUGGUUACACAACACACAACAAAUACAAAACUUCAGAUUCCCGCUUUUGGGCUAACAGUUUAGAUGAUUAUGCGUCUAAAGGGGAACCAGCAAUUUUAAAGACGGUGGCUGCAGAAACCAACAAAUCGGGUUCGAUUAUUUUUAUUGGUCAUUCCAGAGCGACCAUUACGUCUUUUAUGUAUAUGUCUGAGAAUCCACAGGAGGCAGAGAAAUUUAUACGGGGCGUGGUAGCACUGUCUCCUGCUGCGUAUCUUGACUUUAGUUUCCACUUUAGAAUUGUUGCCCGUCUGUCUCCUUUAAUCUUGAAUAUUAUUCCAGUGACCGUAAAAAGGAUCUUCGAGGAGCUCGGAAGCAGCGAAAAAGAAUACCAUAGUGUGCCAAUUGGAGUUGACGAUAAGAGGUUGCAGUUUGGUCAUGACGAUUUCAUUUGGUCUAGGUAUAUAGAAGAGUUGUUUUACAAGGACCUAUUCAAAGUGCUGAAUAAAUUGAAACCUAAAGGAUAA